AUGGCAACAACAACAACAACAACAGAAGAGCUCUCAGUCGAGCACAAAACGUCCACCCUCUUGCCCAGCUUGCAGCACCAGCAACAGCAGCCAUCACAUGCGGCAACCGCGGAACGAAUAACUGAGCCUCUUCACAUUCAACCUGCCCCUUCAACGGAAGCCAAAUAUCCAACAGGCUCUAAGUUUUGGUGCACUGUCUUUGCACUAUGUGUGGUUAUGAUUCUAGGAGGCCUAGAUGCCAACAUUGUCGCUACAGCUGUACCGAGCAUCACCAACCACUUCCACACCGUUGCUGAUGUGGGAUGGUACUCAUCUGCAUUUCGACUCUGCACCUGCGCAUUCCAAUUCGGGUUUGCGAAGCUGUAUAAACAUUUCUCGAUCAAGAGCAUCUUCUUAUUAAGCAAUGUCAUUUUCCUCGUCGGCUCCUUACUUUGCGCUACAGCUGCUUCGUCAACUAUGUUCAUUGUAGGGAGAGCGGUGACGGGUCUAGGGUUCUCGGGGGGCUUGGCUGGGUGUUUUGCCGUCAUAACGCAUAUUCUACCGCUCAACAAGCGGCCAGCAUUUGCGGGUUUGAUGGCGUGUGUGGAAUCGCUUGCAAUAAUUUCGGCCCCUAUAGUAGGUGGUGCAUUGACGCAGUCUUUAGGAUGGAGGUGGUGCUUCUGGAUCAACCUCCCUAUUGGUGGUGUGUCGCUGGCGACCCUAAUUUUGCUUUUCUCAGAUCCGAGAACGAGUGAAGAGGACGACCUCACAUUCGCUCAAAAAAUCACAGAGAUCGAUAUCGUCAGCAAUUUCUUAUUCAUCCCAUCUUUAACAUCACUCUUCCUUGCCCUAUCUUGGGCUGGAACAAAAUAUCCUUGGUCAGAUGGGAAAGUGAUUGUAUUAUUCGUCGUUUUUGGUGUUCUACUCGCCACUUUUUUCUUCAAUCAGUACCGACGCGGAGACUCGGCAGCACUCCCUUUCCGUAUUAUUAAGAACCGAAAUGUUAUUGCCGGUUUCAUCUUCACAGCGUGUACUAACUCGAUGACGAACGUCUUGGAGUGGUACUUACCAACAUACUAUCAAGUCGUUCGAUCUCAGACCCCAAGCGAGAGCGGCUACCUGAUGAUCCCUAUCCUUGUUGGAAUGAUGCUCGGCCUCUUUCUUCAGGGUAUCGGCACCACGACGUUCGGCUACUACGCCCCCUUCAUGGUCUUCGCUUCCGUGUGUAUGCCAGUUGCCGCGGGCUUGAUGACAACAUAUGAUCUGCACUCGUCCCUAGCGAAGAUCAUCUUAUAUUCCGGAUUUGUAGGCUUCAGUGGAGGCAUCGGCUUCCAAGGCCCACAGGCGGCUAUGCAGACGACGUUGAGUACCGCGGAUGUUAACGUUGGGGUCGGAGUGAUCUUGUUCGGGCAGAGCAUGGGCCCGGCCGUGUUUAUCGCUAUUGCACAGGUGAUAUUCACGAAUAAAUUGUCGUCAACUUUGGAAAAUGUUAUACCUGGUUUGUCGCCUGCUUAUAUCGGACAACAUGGACUUGGCGAUAUUAAGACCGGGGUUCCUGCGCAGCGUUUGGAUGAGGUUUUGAGAGGUAUCGAUCAGAGCUUGACGCAUACUUGGUACCUCCCUGUCGCCUUGGCUUGCACAACAAUGGUGGGGAGCCUUUUGAUCGAGUGGCGCUCGGUCAAACAGAAGCAGAUGUGA